AUGUCCAAUCUUGCCUUUGUCACCGGCGCAACGGGCUUCAUUGGCUCACAGGUUGUCGCCUCCGCGCUCAGGGACGGCUACAACGUGCGAGUGAGCGUCCGCAAGGCAGAGCAGAUUGACACGCUCAAGGGCAUCUUCCAGGAGGAUGUCUCAAGGCUGCAGUUUGUGGUGGUGCCUGACAUUUCAGUGGCCGGGGCAUUCGACAAAGCCCUGGACGAUGUCAAGGUCGUCUUCCAUCUGGCAUCGCCCAUGCCUGGCAAGGGAGCAGAUCUGCAGAAGGACUAUCUCGAGCCAGCACGCAACGGAACGCUGUCGAUUCUGGAGAGUGCCAACAAGGUGGGCAGCAUCGACAAGGUGAUUGUCAUGUCUUCGAUUCUGGGCAUUGGCCCGGUGGACUUGUUUCGCAACACAGACACGUUUCGACACGAAAUCGACCUCGACAGGGUCUUCCCCGGCGGCAAGGGCGAAAACGGCACCAUGUACGUGGCCUCCAAGAUUGUCGCCCACCAGGCCUCGCUGGACUGGGCCGCAGAGCACAAACCGGCCUUUCAGCUCAUCACCGUCCACCCGACGUUUGUGCUGGGCCCCAGCCUGGUGCGCAAGACGGCCUCGGACCUGGACGGCAUCAACGCCUGGUUCUGGCAGUCGCUGCAGCUGCCGGCGCCGCUGUUCCCGGCGGUGAUUGUGGACGUGCGGGACGUGGCCGACCUGUGCCUCAAGGCGGCUGCGGCAGACGUGAAGCCGGGCGAGGCUGAGCUGGUGGCCUCGGGCGCGGCGACGAGCUGGAGGGAGAUUGGCGAGUGGGUGAGGGCGGCGUAUCCGCAGCUGGAGACGAGGCUGGACGAGGAUGGGCCGACGCCGUUUCGGGUGGACAAUGCGGUGCUGGGCAUGCGGUGGCGGCCGCUGGGCGAGACGCUGGGCGGGUUGGUGGACCAGCAGCUGGCGCUACAAAAGGGCAGCGCUUAG